AUGUCGAAUGAUGAUUUAAUUAUAAAUCCCAAACAAGGAUGGUUAAAAGUUAAAUUACAUUCACAAUCAAAAUGGCAUCGUCGAUAUUGUAUCAUCGAUUGGGAUAAAGCUAUAUUAUUUAUUGCAUCGAAAGUUGAUAAACGUUAUCGAGAGUGGAUUAAACUCUUACCACAUAUAUUUAUUAAUGAAUAUGAAUCAUCUUCGGAUCCAAUAAUUGAAAUUAAAUCAGAUAAUGAAAUACAUCUAUUACAAUUUGAAUCAAAAAAAGAAUUUGAAUGUUGGUUUUUAGCAUUGAAAAGAACGGCAUAUAGUCGAGUUGGUGGUGGUAUCUUUGGCCAAUCAUUAGAGAAUACACAUAAAUAUUCUCGCGAUAAAACAUCUCCUGUACCAAUAAUUGUUCGACAAUGUUGUGAAUUUUUACUUGAAUAUGGUUCGACAUUUGUUGGUUUAUUUCGAGUACCUGGCAAGCAAUCAUCAAUAAAAGAAUUACGUGAUAUGUAUGAUCGAGGAUUAAUUAUUGAUUUAAAUAAUUCUUAUUCACCAGCUACGAUAUCUUCUCUAUUAAAAAUCUAUUUACAUUCAUUACCAGAACCAAUAAUUCCAAUAAAAAAUUUCGAUGAAUUUUUUGAAAUUGGUUCACGUUUUAAAUAUAAUCAAACAAACGAUAUUGAUCGUUUAAAACAAUUAAUAGGAAAAACAUUAUCAGGUAUAAAUUAUGCUGUUUUAGCAUAUUUAUCUUUAUUUUUAAAAAAACUUACACAAUAUGCUCAUGAAACAAAAAUGGAUGCAGAUAAUUUAGCUGUUACUUUUGGAAGUAAUCUUAUUAGACCAUCUGAAGACCUUGAUCUAAAUAUGAUUAAAGGACAUAAUUAUAAUCUAUUUCCAUUAAUUAAAGUACUCAUUGAUUAUAGUGAAUAUCUUUUUCCGAAUAAUUCAAAUGAAAUAUGUGAUCAAAAUAAUGAAUCAAUUACUAAAUCCAGUGGUUUUUCAUCAUUUUCUUCACUUCUAUCAUCAAACGAACAACAACGACCAAUGAAAAUUAAUUCACGUUCAUCAUCAAUGCCUUCCAUACGUUUUACAACAUUUUCAUCAAUUGAUAGUUCAAAUAUUAGCUUCGAUGAUCAAUUAGAUAAUGAUAAUCUAAAAUAUCAAUCAGAAUUAGUUAUAGAUAAACAAUUAAAUAAUACAUUUAAUCGCCAACAAUCAUUCAUAACAUGUUGUCAAGGAGAAGAAAAUAAUGAAUAUAAUCAGAUAAAUAUUCUUCAAAAACGAUUUUCUUGUGCAGAUAUAAUUAAUAAUGAUGACAGAAUGAAAACCCGAUUAAAUAUAUUAGAAGAAAAAUAUAAAUCAGAUAUUCCAUCUCAAAUUCUAUCAAAAAGUAAUGUAUCAUCACCUAUCCGUAAAACUUCUAAAAAAACAUUUGCUAAUAAAUUUGGUAAAUCAAUUACAAAUUUUAAAACCAGUGUGUCAAGAGCAUUUCAUCCACAUUUUUCUUCAAGUGAAAAUAUACAAUAUUCAAGUUGUAUAAAUAUAUCAUCUCGUACACUUAAUCAAACUGAUCAAUCAUCAAAAUCUAUUCAAUCAAAUAUAUUAAAUGAUUGUUUGAAAACUCUUCAAGAUGAAAUUUAUAUAUUAAAAGAUUUAAUUGAUAAAAAAGAUAGUUUAUUAAAUAAUUUAACCAAAACAUCUUAUGAAGAACGUCUUAAAUAUGAAAAAGAAAAUACUGAAUUAAAACAAAUUAUUGAACAAUUACAAUAUGAAAAUGAACAAUUAAAAGCUCGAUAUCAAUCAGAUAUUUAA